CAUGCGCGGUAUCCGAUGCACUCCACAGUCCCCCUCACAAGCCACAGUCCACAUGCUCUCUGUGCUUCCAUCUUUGACCUCCCGCUAAUCACAACCACCGCCAUUAACCACAGCCUAAAGCAGGCGGUUGCUCCCCCCGCUUAAACCCUCGAAAGAUUGGAUUGCACUAUUUGCAGGGACUGGCUGGAUUCCAGCAUCCAGCUCCCGCACGGCCACACCGACGAGGCGAACGGGCCAGAGUCGGCGAUCGGCGUGUCUCCACUCUACAGGCGACGACGAAACCAGCAGCCUCAGCGCCGACCACUCCGGGAGCGGGGCCUCACACCCUCAGGAUCAACGGGAGAUGCCGGUCGCCGCCGCCUCACCCUCGCACUCGUGAACUGGCUUCCUCUGCGACGAGCCGGGGCGGGCUCGGAUUCGGCGGAUCUUGUGGGUGCGUGGCGUCGGGCUGGUCCGGUGCUAGAUUGAUCCCGCAUUCGAGCUGCGGCAAGCGUCUGGGUAGUCGCUUCUCCCGAGGGAAAGGAAAACAAAGUUGCUUGGCCGACUUUGGGAUCAAGGAUCGGCGAAAAGAAAGAGAAAGGAGGGAUCUUUUUGGGAGGUUCUGUUUGAGCUUUCAGGGUUUAUAUCGUAGCCUUGGGCAACUCCGUGCUGAUGGAUUUCUUCAAGAUUAAGAAGUUCAGGAAGGGGAAUAAGAGCGCCCGGGGCGGGGGAGAGGUAAUAGAAUCCGACGACGACGCCAGCGCUGGGAAUGUGACCCCUCGGGGCCUGGUGGAGCAGAAGCCUGGCAUCGGGGAGGGGAACAAUGCCGAGGUGGCGGUGGAUGGUGGAGGCGCGGGCAAUGGGGUGGUUGAAGAAGAGGAGGACGACGACGAUGAUUUCAUCACGAAUGAGGUGAAGCGGAGGCUCAAGGAGCUCAGGAAGAACAGCUUCAUGGUGCUCAUCCCCGAGGACGAGUGCGCCGAGGUCGAGGAGGAUGGCGACGAGGAGGAAGGGGGCAGCCCCACGGAGUGGCUGGAGUCGGGUGUCGGUGACGGCUUCCCGCUGUGUGGGUUGGAUUCACUGUAUGAUAAGUACUGCGAGAGUAUGCUGGUGUUUCAUAAGAUGAUCGCACAGCUCAUGAAGGAUCCAGAGUCACUGAACAUGUCCAAAAAGUCUCCAAGAUCAGCAUCAAAAUUGGCGUCUACCCUGCGCAACCUCUCAUUCAAAAGAAAAGAUGAGCUCCCGGAGGAUUGUGAACAACUUCAACAACAGCAAAGCGGAUAUGAUCCUUACCAGACACUUGAGACUGCAUAUGUUGCUCAUAUUGCAUUAAGCUGGGAGGCUCUGCAUUGCACCUAUGUGCACCUGAGCCUUAUCGUUGCAGCACAACCUGAUAAUCCUACAACCUAUAAUUCUGCUGCUCAAGCAUUCCAGCAAUUCCAGGUCCUGCUGCAGAGAUUCAUUGAAAAUGAGCCAUUUGAGCAUGGUACCCGUGUUGAGAUAUAUGCACGGUCUCGGAGCUUGUUGUCAAAGUUGCUUCAGGUCCCCACUUUUCAAGUCGUAGAUAGGAAAGACAACACCGACGAUCAGAUGGAGCCAGCGAUUUCGGCGCACGACCUCAUCAAACUGUUAGAGGAAUCUAUCCUAACUUUCCGCCUUUUCCUGAAGAAGGACAAGAGAAAGGGUGGUGUCCUUAUGAGUGCUCAUGGCCACACUGGAAGCUCGAUCCAACAGGUGCAGUCUUCGCUCGAUAAGAAAGAGGCGAAGGUGAAGGAGCUGCUGAAGAAGAGGAAAGGGUGGAAGAGCAAGACCUGGCCAGGCACAGUGGAGGAGGUGCAGCUGCUGCUCGCCCUGAUCGAUGUCAAGGUCGUGUCGCGGGUGCUCCGGGUGGGGAAGCUGAGCAGGGAGCAGCUGCUGUGGUGCGAGGAGAAGCUGAGCAAGGUGGGCCUCACGGAGAACCGGCUGCGCCGCGACGGGUCCCCGAUCCUCUUCCCCUGUUGACCGACGCAGCAUGUCAUGCCGCGCCAGAGAUCUCCCUUGCCAUUCACUUCGUUUACCUUCUGAGAUAUGUACAUGCCUUCAGGUUGAAUUGAGGAUGCACAUACCAAACCAAAGUAGGGCUUACACAUGUGUUGCUGCACGCUGAUCACUGAGUUUAGUUUAUACAGUGCAGCAUGGGGCAACAUGCUUCGUUUCACUUCACCGGAAGCAUAUGGUUUCUUAAACCCUCGUGUAAUCUGUGUUGAACAAGGAGGAUGCAGUGCAGCACAUGCAGUAUGCAGAGGCUGCCGUGCUGCGUUGGUUGGUUGGUUGGUUGCACCGAACUUUUUUUUUGUUCU